CACACGUUUUUUUUACCGAGGCUUGGCUAGGCGUAACGCGUGAGGCCCAUACGGUUGUUUUUGUUGUUGUAAAGACAGCACGGAACCUGAUUUCAUAUUCCUGAGCUCUCAAUUUCUAGUUUAUGUUUUAGUUGCAGCUUUUAUCCGCAGUUUAACCAAGAAUAUUACAGAGGUCUUUGCUAGGAAUCUCACGAAGUCGCGGCUUGUUCCUGCACACCCGACAAAACUCCACUCGCUCUGCACGCUGAGUCUGAUCCCGCACGGUAUUCGAAACAUUUGGAAUUGGAUUCGGAUUUGGAUUUUGUGGCCUGAUCCUGCUGAUCGUCUAUGCAGUGUUAUAUUUUGUUGAUUGUCACUGCACUGGAGCCCUCUGAUCGUCUUCCAGACCUUUUAAGUUAACGUAAAGGCAACUACAUAAUCACCAUGUCUCACACAAUUCUGUUGAUUCAGCCGGGAGAGAUAUCAGACACGAGAACAUACACAGAUUACAAUUCUGUGAGAGAAUGUAUGGAAGGAAUCUGUCGGAUCUUUGAGGAGCAUCUGAAGAGGUUGCAUCCUAACAGCCCAUCCAUCACAUAUGACAUCAGUGAGCUGUUUGACUUCAUUGAUAACCUCACAGACCUGAGCUGCCUCAUCUUCCAACCGACUGCAAACAUGUAUGUUCCUGUGAACAAGGAUUGGAUCAAGGAGAAAAUCUAUCUCACACUAAGAAAGCAAGCUGCCAAGUGAUGACUCUCUCUAGGUCCAACACAUCACACUUGAACUUUGAACUUUUGAUGAGAAAUUGCCAAAAAAAAAGAUGGAAAAACGUUGAUUGAGAUCAUAUUGUGCCGUAUCUGAGAGGAAGUCUUUAACUUGGAGUAAUCAUCUUUUUUCACACUCAUCAGUGUAAUUAUAUUUUUCUACCAAUAUCAUUGUGAGCAAUGGGAUGAACCAUUGAAAUAUUUUAGUUGACUAUUCUCGCUUCAUUUUGCGACAAACAUUUUUUCAUCUUCUUUUGAGGGAGCGAUGGGAUUAUGCUAUUUGCACGUUAAGAAUUAAGUUGCUUCUUGAUCCAUAGGAACCAAUUAUCAGACCUGACCAGUGAAUAACGAUUUACUUCUAAUUAGGUGACAACUUUUCUUGUUGAAGAAUUUGUUUGUUGAUAAUUAGAUAUGCCAUCAGAUGAUCAGACCAUUUUUCUGUUUAUGAAAAGUAAAAAUGCUUGUUAGGUGGAGGGAGAAUAAGCUGCUUGUAAUUUAUGCCACUUUUUCAUUAUAUGCGUGUUUGGAAUUGCUGGAUUGGGAUAAUUUUGUUUUCUCUUCUUUUGUUAUUGUUAAAUCCAAAGCGGAACUUGGACAGAUAGAAAAGUAUUAAUUAUGUUGUUACUGUGCUUUUUAGUGUUGUAAUGUAAGUUUCCAUACUGCAAAAUGGAUCCAUAAGUAAGAGCAUUCUGAUUUUCUAGAUUGAUGUUGAUUUCUAUCUUUUUCCUUUUUUUUUU